AUGAAGACACUUAUUUUCUCUCUCUUUCAUAUUAACCAAGCAGAUAAUCUAAGCGAUGCAUUAAAGAAGCUGAAGAUAACAGCCACUGACAGCACAGCAGAUAGCUUGGAGGGAUGCUUGGAUUGUCUGCUACAAGCCCUGGCUCAAAACAAUAUUGAGACAAGUGAAAAAAUCCAGAAAAGUGGGAUUCUCCAGGUGUUUGCAAGUCUGUUGACUCCACAGUCUUCCAGCACGGCAAAAGUAGCUAACAUCAUAGCAGAAGUAGCCAAAAAUGAGUUUAUGCGGAACCCAUGUGUGGAUGCUGGGCUGAUCCCUCCACUGGUGCAGCUCUUAAAUUGCAAAGACCAGGAAGUGCUGCUACAAACAGGACGUGCCCUGGGCAACAUAUGCUAUGAUAGCCAUGAGGGCAGGAGUGCAGUUGACCAUGCAGGUGGUGCACAGAUUGUAGUAGACCAGUUAAGGUCACUGUGCAGUAAAACAGAUCCAGCCAGUGAGAAGCUCUUGACUGUCUUUUGUGGCAUGCUGGUGAACUAUAGCAAUGAGAAUGAUACUCUGCAAUCUCAGCUUAUCAAUAUGGGUGUUAUCCCUACAUUAGUGAAAUUGUUGGGCAUACAUUGUCAAAAUGCAGCUCUGACUGAAAUGUGCCUUGUUGCAUUUGGAAAUUUAGCAGAACUUGAAUCAAGCAAAGAACAGUUUGCCUACACAAACAUUGCUGAAGAGCUUGUGAAACUAUUCAAGAAGCAAAUAGAACAUGACAAAAAAGAGAUGAUUUUUGAAGUUUUGGCUCCUCUGGCAGAAAAUGUUGUAGGUUGCCACUUUUAUGAGAGAAUUUGGGGCUCCAAAUCCAGAAUGGACAGAGGUACCUGCCUGCAGCCCCAACUCAAGUGCACAGGCUCCAGAGAGAACGAUGUCAUUAAGCUGCAACUGGUUGAAGCAGGUCUGGUUGAAUGCCUACUCGAGAUUGUCCAGAAGACUGUAGACAGUGACAAAGAGGAUGACAUUGCUGAGCUUAAAACAGCCUCUGAUCUUAUGGUUUUAUUACUACUUGGAGAUGAAUCCAUGCAGAAAUUAUUUGAAGGAGGAAAAGGGAGCGUGUUCCAAAGGGUGCUUUCCUGGAUUCCUUCCAAUAACCAUCAACUACAGCUUGCAGGUGCACUGGCCAUUGCAAAUUUUGCCAGAAAUGAUGGAAAUUGCAUCCACAUGGUGGAUAAUGGCAUAGUUCAAAAGCUGAUGGAUCUACUAGACAGACAUGUGGAAGAUGGAAAUGUAACUGUGCAGCAUGCAGCACUGAGUGCACUUAGAAACCUGGCAAUUCCAGUUGUAAAUAAGGCUAAGAUGCUAUCAGCUGGCGUUGCAGAAGCAGUGUUGAAAUUUCUCAGAUCUGAAAUGCCCCCUGUUCAAUUCAAGCUUCUGGGAACGUUACGAAUGUUAAUAGAUGCACAAGCAGAUGCAGCUGAACAGCUGGGAAAGAAUGUGAAAUUAGUUGAAAGGUUGGUGGAAUGGUGUGAAGCCAAAGACCAUGCAGGUGUGAUGGGAGAAUCCAACAGACUGCUUUCGGCACUGAUACGACACAGCAAAUCAAAAGAUGUAAUUAGGACCAUUGUUCAGAGCGGUGGCAUCAAGCAUUUAGUUACUAUGGCAACUAGCGAACAUGUAAUAAUGCAAAAUGAAGCUCUUGUUGCUCUGGCACUAAUAGCAGCUCUGGAGUUAGUCACUGCUGAGAAAGAUAUUGAAAAUGCUCAGUUAGUCCAGAUCCUACACAGGCUGCUCUCAGAUGAAAGGAGUGCGCCAGAAAUCAAGUACAAUUCCAUGGUGCUGAUCUGUGCCCUCAUGGGAUCUGAGCCCCUUCACAAGGAAGUGCAGAGCCUGUCAUUUCUAGAAGUUGUAUCAAAACUCCGCAGCCAUGAGAACAAGACUGUUGCCCAGCAGGCCUCACUUACAGAGCAGAGACUCGCGGUAGAAAGCUGAGGAAAGUCUCCAAUUUCCACACAGUAUCCCAUCAUGAAUUUCACCUUCGUCCUCUGUCCUGCUGCCGCUCCUGCUAUGUUUUCCACUGUAUCACUUGUGCAUGCGUGUAAUGUUCCCCACACACACUGAUGAACUGCUGUAGGUACUUGUCCAAUAAGGUUUCUAAAAUCCAUAAGUGGUGUUAACAUGAACCUGUCAAAAAAGUCUCCACCCAUCACUGUUCUACUUGUAUUCUUGUUGCUUGGGCCACAUAGUAGAAUGUGCAUGUUGUAGUCCUAUGAUGAUGUAAAAGUGGUACUACAUGAUGACUCUUUCCUCAUACCCCUAACUACAUAAUAAUGUACUGCUAAAUUAGGGACAAUACAGGAUGCAGCAAGUCGAGACUAGGGUAUUGAUUAUAGAAUUAAGUGGUAAAUCUAGCUCCAUUUUUGGUGCUUUGAAAACACAGGAAUGAAGUAAAUGUAUUGCUGCUCAUUCACUGGUCUCACCUAUUAAUGUCAAACUCAUGGUACCUAGAGGUAACAAAUAAAAAUUCCAGUGCGCGCUCACUUUACCCUGUUGUUUGCUCUUUUUUGUAUUCAAAUGCAGAAUUAACAACAGUCCCAUGCACGUGUGAAAGUUC